AUGGGAUCUGUCGGAGACAAACAACCGAUCCACGAGCUAACAGCUUUGGAGCGCAUUGGUCCUAAGGGUUAUCUACGCUAUGUCUUCCCAUUCCCGCUGCAAGAAGGCUAUGACUUGGACGAAGUCGCAAGGGUCCUUCGGACCGGGUACCACGUUCUCACACAACGGAUACCAGAGGUCACAUGUGAGGCCCUACCCGACCCUGACUCAAAGCAAAGAGGAGUGAUGAAACUCCAGAUAGACCACAGUGGCGCCGCGGCGAGCAUCGUCGUUAAAGAUCUGCGUGAUUCAUACCCCUCCGAAUACGCAGAGUUGAAAUCGAAAUCUUUCCCUGUCUCCUCCUUCGACGCCGAUCUCUUUUGCCGUCGAUCAGUCUGGCCUUCCGCCGGAGAGAGGCUACCGAUAUCUCUCGUGCAAGCCAAUUUCAUCCGUGGUGGGGUGAUUCUAUCAUGGUGCAUUCUACACCUGGUGGGCGAUGGGACCUCGUUCUAUACUUGGACAAAGAUCUGGGCAGAUGGAUGUCGCGAGGCCCAGGGACUUAAGAUCCCAGACCCUAUUCAGCUUUCAGCUUUAUGGAUGGAUCGAGAGACAGUGAUGAAACCAUCUGGUCGCAACUCGGGCGCACUUGAGAAUCAUCCGGAGUAUACUCUUCUCCCAUUCACACCUACAGAGGCACCACCGAAGAUGAUCUCACCCAACCACCGCGGCCAGAUCUUCUAUUUCUCUCCGGAGUCCCUUUCGGCAUUGAAAGCGGAUGCUUCACCAGCAAACACCACUGAACCUUCAGAUCAGCAGUGGGUCUCGACCAAUGAUGCUCUUUCGGCACUGCUAUGGCGUACAGUUAUGGCAGUACAGUGGCCUCUGGAGACUUUAGAGGGUGAUCCCAUCUCAACUUUCAACAUCGCCAUCGACGGUCGACUACGAACAGAUCCUAAAGUCCACCCCGAUACACUAGGAUGCUUCCUAGAAUACGUGGCCAUCAAAGCCCCCAUCCGAAAGAUGCUUAAACACCUCAACAUAGCCGAUCUCGCGGUUUCAAUCCGCAAGGCAAUCCUCAAAGCCGACGACCAAUUCACAGAUGAUGUAGUAACACUCAUUGAUAAGAUCGAAGACGUCGACCGAUUGCUUCCUACCGCUUUCUUGGACGUCCCUGGCUUCAACUGUGUGCAGACUUCGUGGCUAAACUUUGAGCUUUACGGUUUGGAUUGGGGAUCUCUGCUGGGAAACAAAAUCGAUGCCGUGCGAGUGCCUCAUGUUGGUACUAUCAACGGCCUGCAGGUUGUGCUUCCUGUUUUGCCGAAUGGUGGGAUGGAGGUAGUGGUUGGAGUGGAAGAGAGUUGUUUGAAUAAGCUGUUGAAUGAUCCCCUGUUUACGAAAUAUGGUGUCGCUCGGUAG